UGCUGAAGUGGCAUUCCAACCUCUUUAAUAAAUAAACCCCUUCACACAACAUGAAUAUUUCCCCCUCCUCUGUCUCUCUCUUUCUUCUUCAUCACUAUUCAGUAUUCACUAUCCAUUUUUCGUUCCAAACCAUGAUCAAUUAGUCAGAGCUUGUAAAGGAAAACAAAAGCAACUACUACUUCUAUAUGUGUGCAUUUUUUUCCACAAUUUUCUCCCAUUUGUUUCAAGAAAGAGAAAGAUCCUGAGCCAAAAAUAGAAGAGGAGAGAGAAAGGAACAUAGCUAUCUAUUGAGCUGUGACAUUAAACAUCACAAAAGGAAAUGUCUGAGGUUAUGAAAGACUCUGCCAUAAAGCUGUUUGGGAGAACGAUUUCUCUGCCACAUAACAGAAAGGUUUCUGCCAAUGAUUCUUCUUCUGAUCAUAGUCCACCUUCAUCUUCAUCUUCUCCUGGUGAAUUGAGCUCUGCAACGAAACAUGAAGCAGAAAGAAUUGAGGAACCUUCAAAGAAAGAACUCAUCACAUCAACACAAGAUAAAAAUCUCUCACAUCAAUCCACAGAGGAUUCAAAAUCCCCCACAUCUUCAACCAUUUUUGAGAACCCCAAGACUCCCUCAUCUGAAAGAGAAACCUCUCUUCUGAAAUCCUCCAAAAAUGGAGAACAGAGUGAGACAAGUGAAUCACAAGACAACAAAGGUCUAAAGAAACCAGACAAAAUUCUCCCAUGUCCGCGAUGCAACAGCAUGGAUACAAAAUUCUGCUACUACAACAACUACAACGUCAACCAGCCCCGCCACUUCUGCAAGAACUGCCAAAGGUACUGGACCGCCGGAGGCACCAUGAGGAACGUGCCCGUAGGCGCAGGCCGCCGCAAGAACAAGAACAUUUCCUCUUCUUGUUCUUCUGCGGCCGCCUCGCAUUAUCGCCAAAUGAUGAUGAUGGUUCCUGAGACCCUUCAAGCCAAUGAAGAAGCUGUGUUGACCUUUGGAUCAGAUUCUUCUCCUCUCUGCAAUUCCAUGGCUUCUGGACUGAGCCUUGCAGAUAAAACACAACCCAAAGCUCUGUUUCAUGCACCAAAACAGAGCAUUUUUGUCAGAGAAGAUAGUAAUGGAGAUGAUAGAACUUCAUCUGAAAAGAGAGGCAAUUUUGGCUCAUAUGAACAAUCAAUUGAUAAGAAUUGUCAAGUUUUUCCUCCUCAAUUUCCCUUCCAAGGUUCUUCUUCUAUCCCUUGGCCUUAUCCAUGGAACCCUGCAAUGCCUUCCCCUGCUUUUUGCCAACUAAACUACCCUGUGCCAUUUUAUCAUGCACCAGCAUUCUGGGCACACCCACACCCUAUCUCUCCUCAAUCUUCUGCUAACUCACCUGCUUUGGGGAAACACUCAAGGGAAGGGGAAAUUCUCUUUCCAUCAAACUCAGAGAAGGAAAAGUCUAGUUCUAGAAGUAAUGGUGUGUUGAUUCCAAAGACACUGAGAAUUGAUGACCCUAAUGAAGCUUCAAAGAGUUCUAUAUGGUCAACAUUGGGGAUCAAGCAUGAUGAGAAGGGAAACUCUCUCAAUGGAGGAGGAAGCCUUUUCAAGGGAUUUGACAAGAAGAGUCAUGUUGCUGAAGCAUCCCCUUUGUUGCAUGCAAACCCUGCAGCUUUGUCAAGAUCUCGUAUCUUCCAUGAGAGGACUUGAAUCUUGAUUAUUUUCCAUUGCAAACCUCAUUCUGCUAACAUGUUUUUGUUUUUCUCCUUGAGAAGUUGAAUAAUUGUAUUGUUGACCAACCUUUAAGAAGGAUUUAUAGGAUAGAAGAGUUUAUAGUUUAAUUAGCUUCCAACCUGUCAGUGUGACAGGAUUUUUCUUCAUUUUUAGAUGACUUGAUUUAGUAUCUCUGAUGUAUAUAUAUGUGAGACAAGAUAAAUAACAAGGAGGAAAGACAGGAAAGAAUUUUCUUGGAACAAAAUUCAAGGAUUUAGAAUAAAGAACUCUUCAUCAAAA